CUGUCGAAGAAUCCUUUACCUACUGAAUUACCAGAGAAGCGCAAAUUUAAACUGCCGAAGAUCGAACUAAAGAAAUUCAACGGCGAAGCAAAAGAAUUUUUGACGUUUUGGAGCCAGUUUUCGAAGAUCCAUGAAGAUCCGACGAUUCCAGAUGAAGAUAAAUUCCAGUACCUCCUGCAAGCAGUUGUUCCUCAGUCCAAAGCCGCACGGGUAGUGGAGAGCUUUCCGGCAACGGCGUCGAAUUAUCCGAAAGCAAUCGCCCAGCUUCGAGAGAGGUUUGGAAGAGAAGACUUACUUGUACAGAUAUACGUCAGAGAUCUUCUAAGCAUGGUUAUGCGUAAUGCAAGCAGUGGACGUGUGAAGACGGAUCUUCCCACUCUCUACGAUGAUUUAGAAACCAAGAUUAGAGCUUUAGAAAGUCUUGGAAGAACGCAAGAGAAGUAUGGUGAUUUCUUAACGCCUUUAGUUGAAUCCUGCCUGCCCGAAGAAGUAUUAAUUGCUUGGGAGAGAAACAGAAAUUUAAAAGAAGCACCUCAGCCUGAUGACCGAUGCCUUGAAAAUUUGAUGAAUUUUCUGAAACAAGAAGUGAAAGGAGAAGAGAUGGUCGUGUUAGCCCGCACUGGGUUUGAUGAAACUUUCUCCUUUCAAAUCGAAGCACUUUCCGAGAGCAAAAUUUGUGGCACAGUGCCAAAAGUGAACGAUAGUAAAAUUAUUAAUGAACUGAAAGAUAGAGGCGUCAGUUUGUCUGAUUUGGGUUCUUCUGAUCGUGAGAUUGAUCUGCUUUUGGGAGCGGAUAUUGUGGGCGCUUUAUUUACUAAUAAAUCUGUUCGGUUGGAGUCAGGGUUAUUUUUGAUUGACACUUGUUUGGGACAUGUGUUAACUGGGAAGCAUGAGUCAUUUGGAGAUAGCAAUGAUGAUACUGUUUUGAAUGCAAUUUCGUUGUAUGUUAGUAAUUAUUCGAUAAAAGAUUUGUGGUCUUUAGAAUCCAUAGACGGUAGAUAUGAACUUUGUUUACCUUUUAAAUCUGAUGUGGCCGAUUUGCCGACAAAUAAAGAUUUAACUUGGAAGCGGCAUAAAAGGAUGUGCCAGCGAGCACAAGAUAAAGCAUUUUUAGAAGAAUAUACUACGAUUUUCCGGGAAUGGGAAAAAUUGAAUAUAAUUGAAAAGGUAACUGAUAAUAUUGAGACGGGACAUUUUUUACCUCAUCGGCCAGUAAUUAAGGACAGUACCACUACAAAAAUCAGACCUGUCUUUGACGCGUCAGCCCGAGAAAGUGAUGUAACUGAUAUAGACACAGUAGACACCAAUCAUCUCAGGAAAAGAAUCAGAUUUCGUGCAAAAUUAAUGGAAGAUCUCCGAGUACGUUUUCGAAAGGAAUAUUUAGGACUACUUAUUCAGAAACGACAGCAAAAUUCACACUUUCCAAAUAUUCGAGUGAAUGACGUUGUGUUGAUAGGAGAUGAUAUCAAAAAGAGAUUGAAUUGGCCUUUAGCCAGGGUUACGGAACUGAUUCCAGGAAAGGACGGUAAAGUGAGAACAGUUAGAUUAAGAACGCAAACUAACAAUUUAGUACGUCCGAUACAACGAGUGUUUCCCCUAGAAAUCCAAGAUGAUGAUUUGUCAGGUUCAUGUCAUCCAAGUGAUCCUCAAAAACAUCAAUCUGCUGUAAAGUCUUCAGAUUCUCAUCGUGGAGACGACAUGAGUACCUCUCAUCAUUCAGAAAUUUCUGGGUCACCCCGAUCUCCGGACCCAACUGAUGUUUCCGAUAAUGGCACUUUGACAGCUCAAAGGUAUGCAGAUGAGAUCUUGAGACCCCACAUCAUUCCUUACCCUGCAGCCAUUGGUAAUUCCUUUCUGCUAAUACAGGAUAAUGCCAGAUCUUGUACAGCUCGUCUUGUGGAGAACUUUCUUGAAGCUGAAACGAUACAGUGUAUGUAG